CAGGUCUUAUAUUCUAUGGAAUUUUGGUUAAAUUUUCAAAGCUUGAUAAUUUUAUGUUGAGGUGUAAUUUGUGCCAGGCCCUUUCUUGCCUUUCCACAGGUUAGAGAAUAUAACUGAUAUAUAUCUUUUUUUCAGGCCUGCUUUAGGUGCAAUGUUACAGUGUUUAUAUGCAUCUUUAGGGAGGAGGCUUUAUGUCACUCGUUAAAUGAGACUGAAGUUACAACAGUGAUUUGUGGGAACAAAGAGCUAAAAAAGCUAAACAGCAUUAGUGGGCAACUUGACACUGUCAAACGUGUGAUCUGCAUAGAUGAUGAAUUUCCGACCAGUGCAAGUGGCAGAUGGACAAUAACUUCUUUUGCUGAUGUUGAGAGUGUUGUCGUACAAAUCCAGUUGAUACUGAUUUACCUGUUUCAGUUGAUGUUGCAGUUAUAAUGUAUACUAGUGGAAGUACUGGAUUGCCUAAGGGUGUGAUGAUGAGACAUGGCAAUGUUUUAGCUACGGUUUCUGAAGUCAUGACAAUUGUUCCCGGACUUGGAAGCAAGGAUGUUUAUCUUGCGUAUCCGCCCCUUGCUCGUAUUCUUGAAUUAGCAGCUGAGAAUUUAAUUCCUGCUUUUGAAGGUGUAAUAGGAUAUGGAACCCCUUUGACUCUCACUGAUACAUCUAACAAGAUAAAAAAAGGGAACAAAGGGAGAACGAAUAGGGGGAGAACGAAUGCUGGGUUUAAGGGAUAA